AUGAGCAGAGCACUACUCCGCUCCGCUCUGGAGCUCAGGACGCCCGCCGCCCGGCUACCUCCCAGCUUCCUCCUUCCCAUCCGAGCCCGCAGCUUCAACUCGACAGCACCCAUCAUCGAGCCCACCUCCUCCGCCUCGGCCUCAUCACACGAUGCGGCGUCUUCUACAAUACAACCACCGUCAGCAGAAACCCAGCGAGCAAACUCCACACUGUCAUCUCGCUCCUCAACCUCGCCCCAGACGCUCUACCCGCCAUCGCCUCCCCCCGCCACGCCGCCCGUCCUCUCCGACUCGGUCCGCCAGCUCCUCCCCCUCCUGGCCUCGCAACCGAGCCACUACAUCACGGUCCACAUCCACGGGCGCCCCUACCUCGUGACCCCGGGCGAUGCCAUCCGCCUCCCCUUCCACAUGCCCGGUGUCGUCCCGGGGGACGUCCUCCGCCUCGACCGCGCCUCCGUCAUCGGCAGCCGCGACUUCACCCUCAAAGGCAGCCCCUACAUUGACGACCGCGUUUUCGAGUGCCGCGCCGUCGUGACGGGAUCUGAGCUCGAACCCGUUCGCAUCACCGUGAAGAAGAAGCAGCGUACUCGCCGCGCUCGCCGCGUCCGGAGUCAGCAUCGCUUCACCACCCUCACCAUCAGCGAGUUGAAGAUCAAGGGGGUCGAGGAAAUUGCGGGCGAGGGCAGCAGCGCUUGA